UGAAUUUUGAGGGAAUUGGAGUAGUUGAGCUCCUCUGCUCUCUCUCUCUCUUCUCUCUCUCUCUCUCUCUCUCUCUCUCAAACAUGGCGAGCUCAGGAGGUGUAUCCAUGGCGAAAUCCGAGGAGGAGUGGCGCGCCAUACUCUCCCCAGAACAAUUCCGGAUCCUCCGAUUGAAGGGAACCGAGCCUCCAGGGACAGGUGAAUACAACAAGUUUUACGGCGAAGGCGUUUACAGCUGUGCUGGUUGCGGAACUCCUCUUUAUAAAUCCACUACCAAAUUCAAUUCUGGGUGUGGUUGGCCAGCAUUCUUUGAGGGACUUCCCGGGGCCAUAAACCGAACGCCCGAUCCCGAUGGGAGGAGGACGGAGAUCACCUGUGCGGCGUGCGGCGGCCACUUGGGCCACGUGUUCAAAGGCGAGGGGUUCAAGACGCCUACCGACGAACGCCACUGCGUCAACAGCGUCUCGAUCAAGUUUGCUCCCCCGUCGUGAGACAUCUCUCUAGUGCCCAGUUUAUUACUAUGUUUCGCGGACAAUAAUAAUAACAUGUUAUGUUAUUUACUGAUGAAUAAAGUUUGUGUGUUAUGAUUGAUGGAAAUAAUCUCUCUCCGACGGCCUUGUGCAGUGAUUUAGUUUGUUGCAUCAGUCAGCUCUUACUUGUUUCGUAGAAUCAAUCCUACAGGAAUGAGAACCUUGCUUGAGCCCUGAUGUUGAAGUUCCAUGAAACAAAGUGAAAACAUUGUUGUUGAUAUGAGUUGGAACAGGAGUACUAUUUCUGAA